GGCAUUAGUCAGCAGUCAGUCUCGACGUGGUCUCGCCGCCAUCUUAUGUAACAGAUGUAGUUUAACCGUUGAGCGAUCGUGGUCAGCAUUGUGCGCGAACGUACUUGUAAGGUAGUUCCGAAUUGUUUGCUGGUGACAUAUUCGUUUCUCCUGAUAAAAUAAUGUUAUACUGUAUCAUAGGAAUGUGAUUACAGUAUAAUAUUGGUGGUUUUAAAUCAAUAUACCAUAUUUAUGUUCUUCCCAUCAAUGUAUCGACACUACAUUCAGAAGGAGUAAUCAUACUAUAAGCAUUGUGAUAUGGCUAGAGUUCUACUAUACGAGAGAGUAGUGGAUGCUGUACUCACACGCACAAGUCCAUCGCAUGAUACGGAGAUCCAAAAUGGAGUGAAGAUUAAAGCUGAACCUGUUGAUACGACUACAUUAAAUAUUGACACAACGGAUAGAUUAGUUAAAAAUAUCUUUAAUCUUAAAAAUGAUACGUUAGAUAAAAAUUGUUUGAAUAUGAUUAAUCGUGACGAAUCAUCAUUAUCCAUAAACGACGUUUCGCCCCAAACUGUAAAUAGUAGAAAGAGUAAACAUAUAUUUAAUAGUCAUUCUGCAUAUAUAAAUAGCACUGAUAAAACUAAUUUAAAACGCAAAAGGACAAUUGUUGAACGCGAUGCUUUAUCACAAUCAAAAAAGAAACGUUCUAACGAUUUUCAAAUUUCUAAAAAUGAGAAUAUUAAUGCGUUUACAAAAACAACCGAAAAAUUUGAAGAAAAAAAGAAACAGCAAAACAUUAGCUCAAAUUCUAGAACCAAAAUGCGACACACUAAUCAAUCGUCGAAAAGAAGAGACCCUACUGAAUGUAACAUAUGUUUUAGAAAAUUCUCUUCUGUUCAAAAUUGUGAAAGUCAUAAACAAUACUAUAAUGGAGAUUAUAAAUGUAAAAAUUGUAACAGACAUUUUAUUACGAGGAAGAAACUUAAUUUACAUGUUAGGAACAGUUGUAACGCGACACAUGACGUUUAUCGUCCCUCAAACUUAGUUUGUAAUUUUUGUAAUCGUGUUUUUAGAAAUAGAUUUAAAGCACUUCUACAAUCGCACAUAUUUCACGUACAUAGUGAAUUAAUAAAUUCUAGUAACAUAAUUAAACGCAAAAAACUGAAGCCUAAGAAUGUAAAUACAUUUUGUAAAAAUGCCACUUUGAAAACUGAUGCACAUGAAGAGUCACCACGUACAAAUAAUCUCAUGAAAUCGGAGAAACAAAAUGCUCUUAUAAAUAAAAAUGAAUCUUGGAACGAUGAUGAUAUGGUGAAGACUGACGCCAAAAACUUAAAAACUGAAGAAUUAUUUAAUAAUGGAAUGUCAUCCACGAAAAAAUUACGGCAACCAACAUUAACGGAAUAUUUAGAAUUUUGCAAAAAAAAACGCAAUAUUAAUGCCAGUCCAAAUAAAUUUAAUAUUGAUUCUAAGAUGAAAGAUAGUUUUCCAUCCGCUUUAUCUCAUGAUGAAAGAGAGGUAAAAACUUUGAAACCAAAGUUUUCAAAAAUAUAUAAUAAACAAGUUGAUUCUUCAUCUGCAAAAACAAAUAAUCUAGAACAAAUGACACAUUCUACUAUGGAGCAAGAUAAAAAUUGCGAAGAGUCUAAGAAGCCAUUUGUAAAAUUACAUGCGGAUGUUGAAAUGAUGAAAUCUUUUCUGGAAAAACUUCCAAAUACAACCACCGAAGAUAAAGGAAUUAAAGAUAGAAGAAAUGACAUGAUUUCAUGUUAUCACGAGAUGCCAUAUAGUUUACGAUCUCUAAGAACUAUAGCUUCUGCAGAAACAAUUCCAAAUUUAAGAAAAAAGAAGAAAAAAGAUAUAUCUAAAAAAUCUCAACUUAACACAGAACGUAAUACUAGAACAAAACACGAUGAGACUGAUAAAAUAGUUUCUAACUUUUGGAAAACUAUUAUGGUUCGUUUUAAAUGUAAGAAUUGUAGAAUUAUUUUAACAAGAUGUGAUGAGAAGAUCAGAAAUUGUCAUCAAAUUGCUACAACUGAAACCACGUUUAAAGAAAACAACUCCUUUUCUUCUCAAUGUAAUUCUACGUCAUUUCAAGAAAGUGAUAUACAGAAUAAAGUGGUACUGAAGAAGUUAGAAGUGUCUUUGGAACGUUUAGCAACUGUUCCAGAUGCAGAUGUAAAAGAGAAGAUAGUAUCAGAAGUCGAAAAAUGUAAUGAUGGCUUCUUUUUGUGUAAAGUUUGUAAAAAAAGUUUCUUUUCAAAAUCGGACAAGCACAUGCACAUUAAGUCGUCUCAUAUAGCAUAUAUGUCAAGUAUAUGCGAUGCACGAUAUAAGUUGAAACAUAAAUUACUUCAACAUUACUUAAGUGAACAUCUAUCCAAACAAAAUCAAUGUUGCAUUUGUUAUGUACUAUUAUCUGAUUAUGUUGAGUUGAAACGACACUUAAGUAUUCAUUGUCUGAAAUAUGUUCGGAGAGAAAAUGAUCAGUACCCAAUAGAUAUUGAUAUAAAAUGUAGUUCAAUUAAAAAUACUUAUAAGUGUUUUCGUUGUAACAUGGUAUUCCUAACUCAAUCAGAGCUGAUGAUACAUCAAAGUUUUUGCAUAUUACAGGAAGAAAUGACCGAAGAUCAAAAAGUUUCCAUGAAAAAAAUAAACACACUCUCGAAAAUUAUUUUUAAGAUGCAGAGCAGUAAGAAUGCUGAUGGACUUCCGGUUACACAUGAUGAAAAGAUUAAUUUUAAUGAAUGCUCAAGUAAGAAGUCAGUAGAAAUAACAAAUAAACAUCAGAUAUUGCUAAUUAAUGAAGAAGAUCCGAAAAUUGCUAAAGAAGAGUCAAAAAUUAAUGAAAAUAAACAAAAUUCUUCUGUUAAUAAUAACUUAGUUACGAAGAAAAUCGAAACCAUCAAUGAAUCACAAAACUCGGCAAAGCUUUUAGAAAAUGAUAAUCCUACGAUUAAUAACCAUGAUGUUGCAAAUGCGCAAGUGGAUUCCAUUAAAUCAAAAAUUAUUGAAGAAGAGUCAAAAAUUAAUGAAGAUAAACAAAAUUCUUUUGUUAACAAUAACUUAGUUACGAAGAAAAUCGAAACCAUCAAUGAAUCACAAAACUCGGCAAAGCUUUUAGAAAAUGAUAAUUCUAUGAUUAGUAACCAUGAUAUUGCAAAUGCGCAAGUGAAUACUAUUAUCAAAAUUAUUGUUUAUCCCUGUGAUGUAUGUGGAAAACAAUUUCAUAGCCACAAAAAUUUGCAGCAACACAAACGUACUUUUAAAGAUGCUACUGAUCUCUGUCCAAUAUGUUGCACUGCGUUCAGUUCGAAACGUCUUCUACAAACACAUAUUACGGCGGCACAUGUACCGGAGAUCUCAAAAACUUAUAAUUUUCACUGUGUAUUUUGUAAUCAAGGUUUUAUUAAAAAAUAUGAACUUCGACCUCAUAUAUUACAUCUGCAUGACCAAGAAUUACUCGAUACACUCACGCGUGAUUCUCAUACGAAUCAAAAAGCAUCAAGUACUCAUACAGCGGUGUGUAAUAUAUGUAAUUUGGUAUUUGAAACUUAUGAUCGUUAUAUGGAUCACAAAAUGUAUUAUUAUCAAAAUCAUACAUUUACUUGCUCGCUCUGCGCACAAAAUUUUCAAGGAAUGUACAUGUUGGAUCAUCACAACAAACUUACGCAUUAUUCAGAAGAUAAACGUAAAUCCUACAAUUAUAUUUGUGACAUAUGCAACGAGGGAUUUAAUCUUGAGUCUCAUUUUCAUUCACAUAAUAUGCAUGUCCAUUGGAAUGAAAAGAAAUUAACUGAGAUUGCAAAAGAGUCUAAAGAAAGAAGCCAACUUGACGCAUCCGAGGACCAAGAACAGAUUAGUUCUACAAAUCAACAAAAGGAAAUUGAACAAUCGUCCAAUGAAAACAUUUGCCAGAUUUGUCAAUUGAAAUGUAUAGAUACUAAUGAUAUGGAAAAUCACAUAGCAUUUUACUCUAAUGAUGGCGAUUUUAAAUGUGACAGAUGCAAGAGACAAUUUAGAACACUUAAUUUGCUUUAUAAACAUAGAACAUUAACUCACAUUUGUCGUGAUAUUUAUAAUGGACAUAUUUGUCACGUUUGCGGCGAAGUUCUGGAAACAGCUAUUUUAUUGGAAUGCCAUAAGAAACACUUUCAUUUAAACGAUAUUGUAUGCAAUAACACGGAUGAUUGUAAGAAUUGUGAACACGCAUCAUCUUCGAAUUCAAAUGAAGUAAUAAAACAUCCACUUAACUCUAAUGAUGUAUAUAACACAGCCAAAUAUAGAUAUAAUUGUUUGUUUUGCAAUAUGAAGUUCUUGUCUGCUGAUGCUAUCCAGGCACAUAUUUUUCAGAUCCAUAUUGAUGAGUUGUUUGUCGAACACACUACGUUAAGCUCUAUAUCUUCCACGAUUAAAGACGAUAAUAUUCGAAAGCAGUUAGUUCAACAAAGGGUUAAAGUUAAUCAAGCAUCAAUAUUAACAUCAGUAGCAACAACAACUAUAUCAGCAGCAGCAACUAUAACAUCAACAUCAGUAACAACAACUAUAGCACCAGUAACAGCAAUUACAUCAUCAUCAUCAGCAGCAGCAGCAGCAGCAGCAACUACAACAUCAGCAACAACAGCAACAACUACAACCUCAACAUCAGCAGCAGCAACUACAAUAUCAAUAUUAGCAACAACAGCAGCAAUUACAACAUCAACAUCAGCAACAGUAGCAGCAACUACAACAACAGCAACAAUAGCAGCAACUACAACAACAACAGCAACUACAACAUCAACAUCAGCAACCGUAGCAGCAGCAACAUUUCAAGAUAAUUAUAGACAAUUUCUUCAAGAUAAUACUUCAAAUAAUAUUUUAGAUAAACAUGGGGUAAAAAUAAAAAAAACUUAUUCCAAUUUUGAUUUACCAAAUAAAAUCAAAUUCAUAGUUCCAGCAGAUAAUAAAAUUGCGCUGAAAGUGCCUACGAUGCCAUCUAUUAACGAAAUUUGGAACAAUGUUGCAACACCUGUUGCAUCAAGUAGUCAAUUUAAUCAAAAUUUUAAAACUUCAAUUCUACCCACAAUUCUAUCCACUAAAUCAACUAAUAAGCUCAGAAAAAGUGAUACAAGUGAUUUAAAAUCUAAAUCGAUUAAUGAAUUUAGAACCAACAUUGUUUCGCCAAUGAUUAAAUCUGAUUUUAAAAUCCUACCUGUAAUCCAAUCAAAUGGAUCACACAAAUUUGUAAUUGUUCCACAAACUAUAAAAAGUAAUGCAAUUACAAAUAACAAUUCUAAUUACAUGUGUCCUUUAUGUCCAUUAGAGUAUCCAUCUUUUCUUUUUAACGCUCACCUGAAAUAUGCUCAUGCAGAUUUUAUUCAAACUGAUGAUAAUCCACAAUUGAAUCAAUUAACCCAGAAGGAUUUAUUUCUAAUAAAAUGUUUAUUAUGCUCAUUUAAGUUUACUGAUGAAAACAAGUAUAAAAGUCAUUUGAAAAACUCUCAUAAUUAUGUACAUAUUCCGAACUCUAAGAAUGUGAAAACAAAGGAUGAUAAUAAUCAAUCAACCCAGGUAUCUCUAAUAAAAUGUUUAUUAUGCUCAUUUAAGUUUACUGAUAAAAACAAGUAUAAAAGUCAUUUGAAAAACUCUCAUAAUUAUGUACAUGUUCCGAACUUUAAGAAUGUGAAAAAAAAGGAUGAUAAUAAAAAUAGCACAACUCCUGAAAUUAUUAUUGUUGAUGAUGAUGACGACAAUGUCGGUAAUAGUUUAGAUCAACCUACAGUCGAAACUACAGUCAUGCUCGGAAAACAGAAUGAAAAACAGAAUGAAAAAUUUGGUAAAUUGAGAGUGAAGCCUUUUGCGAAAAUUAUGGAAAACUUAUCUAAGGAGCAUGCAUUGAAAGUACAGUCUAAGUAAGUCUCUCAUUCUUCAUAAAAGCUUUCAAGGUGAUUUUGACAGUGCAGUUAAUGACAUUAAUUGCUUUAAGUAUUUUUAAGUAAUAGUAAGGUUUCUUACAUACUAAUACACAGAAUGUUGUUUCGGUUUUGAUGAUUUGUCACAGAAAGUUAGUUAAAGGGAAUUAAUUUAUUCAUUCUGAUUUAUAACAUGCAGAUAUGAUUUCUAAUUGAUAUUAGAACGGAUUGAGUCGCUGCAUAAAAUAUAUAAUACUAUUAUGUCCAUCCAAUUAAACUAAUAUAGCGAAAUUAUUAUCUAAAAUUAUUAUACGAAUACGUACAAAUAAGAUAUUUGAAUAAGUAGAAUAUUAUUGGAGAUAUGUAUGAAGCUCUUCGAACUAGAUGUUUACAUGUAUCUUUGUAUCUAUUUCAUAAAAAUAAAAAACAGUUCUUAUAGAGUUAGUAGUAUAGUUAGGGUUAGAUUAUAUAAUUAGAUAUAUCUAUAGAAUCUUAUAUUUACAAUUGAUUAUCAUAGAAAUGUACAAUUUAAUUAAAAUAUAAUUAUUUAAUACAUUGUAAAGUAAC